AGGGCGCCGCGCCGCUGUGGCUGGAGCGGUUGGGGCAGGGCCCUGCUCGCCCGGUGCCUGCUGGACGGGAGCAGUGGCUGCGGCCUGGUCCCUCCUAGGGAAGAGAGAGGUCCGCCCGGGCUGCCAUGGAUCGGUUCUCCUGGACCAGCGGGCUGCUGGAGCUGGGAGAGACGCUAGUGCUCCAGCAGCGCGGCGUGCGGCUCUACGACGGGGAGGAGAAGGUGAAAUUUGAUAGUGGAGUAUUACUGCUUAGCACACACAGAUUAAUAUGGAGAGAUCAGAAGAAUCACGAAUGCUGCAUUGCUAUACCUCUGUCUCAAGUCGUCUUUAUUGAAGAGCAAGCAGCUGGGAUAGGAAAAAGUGCCAAAAUAGUAGCUCAUCUUCAUCCUGCUUCUUCAAACAAAGAGCCUGGCCCAUUCCAAAGCAGCAAAUACUCCUACAUAAAACUUUCUUUCAAAGAGCAUGGGCAAAUAGAGUUCUUUAGACGAUUCUCAGAAGAAAUCACACAAAGGAGAUGGGAGAACGUACCUGCUCGACAGACCAUUCAGGUUAACAAGGAUCCACAGGCAGGAAGAAUAAGGGCUGUAGGUAUUGUAGGGAUCGAAAGGAAAUUAGAAGAAAAAAGAAAAGAGACUGACAAAAACAUUUCCGAGGCUUUUGAGGACCUUAGUAAACUAAUGGAGAAGGCUAAGGAAAUGGUGGAGUUAUCCAAGUCAAUCGCUAAUAAGAUUAAAGAAAAACAAGGUGACAUCACGGAGGAUGAGACUAUUAGGUUCAAAUCAUAUCUACUGAGUAUGGGCAUAGCUAAUCCAGUUACUAGGGAAACACAUGGAUCUGGUACUCAUUACCACAUGCAGCUGGCAAAGCAACUUGCUGGAAUACUGCAGACACCAUUGGAGGAGAGAGGAGGAAUCAUGUCACUUACAGAAGUGUACUGUCUGGUAAACCGUGCACGAGGAUUAGAGUUGCUCUCGCCAGAAGAUUUAGUGAACGCUUGUAAGAUGCUGGAGUCGCUGAAAUUACCACUACGGCUUCAGAUAUUUGACAGUGGUGUGAUGGUGAUUGAGCUCCAGUCUCACAAUGAAGAGGAAAUGGUCGCUUCUGCGUUAGAGACAGUAUCUGAAAAGGGCUCUCUCACAGCUGAUGAGUUUGCGAAGCUGGUGGGAAUGUCUGUUCUCUUAGCCAAGGAAAGGCUGCUUCUUGCUGAAAAGAUGGGCCAUCUUUGCAGAGAUGAUUCGGUGGAAGGCUUGAGAUUCUACCCAAAUUUAUUUUUAACACAAAGCUAAUGUAGUUUGUGUAUAUUUGCUAUGUAACAGUUGAACGUGAGAGCAGAGAGCGGAACCUUUUCAACAACAGACACUGAAAUUUUUUACUUCUAGUCAACUGCAACGGUGAUGAACAUUGCAACACUUUACAGUUCUCAGGUAUUUCAAGUGCUGAAUCAUCUUGUAUGGAACCAGCAGGAAAUAAGAAUCACUAGGUCAGAACAUGUUAAUUGUCCUAAGCUGGCUAUCUCACUUUUCAAGUUCCAUUUGACGUGCUUUGUAACUUCUCAUUCUUCGAGAUGAAGAUGGCAUACGAGUGAAAAUGGAGAGAAUAUCCCUAUAGCCUGACAUGAGAGUCAGCACCCAGAACACAGGUUAUUGCAUACUCCAAUUCCAGUUAAUUUGUGUCUGGAGCAACAACGCAGACAGAUGCAUCUGUUGCGAUAAGAAUAGAGACUUUGGUGUGUACUGAGGUGUGAGGAAUGAAACAGUGCAGAAUAACCCUGUCUCCCCAAAGUGAUGAAGUUUUUUAAGAAGAUCCUGGGUUUCUUUGAGACAGAAAGAACCUGCUGCGUGAAAAAUUAACAGAUGUUAUGUGAAUCUAGAAAGCGUAGUGUACAUUUUGUCAUGUCUUAUGCUACUAUCUCAGAUAGAAGCAUUGUUAGUACAGACUUCCUCCCUUCUCUUUUCUUUGCCAUCUCCCUUCCUGUCUCAUUGUGCACUUUGGGUGCACUUUCUCUGUCCUCUCUUUAUACAGCACAGAGUAUAGUAGCCUCCUGUCACUCCACCAGACUCAAGUCUUUAAUUUUUGUUUGUUUUUCAUCUUGUACUUCUGAUGAAAGAUCAGUAGUGAGCUUCAUCAGCCCGUUACCUGUUUUGGAGAGACGGUUCAUUUCUUUGUGUCUCAUACGCCAAAACUAAUGUGCUUUCAGUAUCAAAGAGAAGAAGAAGGCUAUCACCCUAUGUUUAAUAGUCACAAGGUGUCUUUGUGUUUGGUAUUUCUCUCCCUGUUUUUAGACUGGAUGCAAUUUGAUAGCCUUGGCUUUUGUAACUCCAGUGGAGUUGUUACAUUACGCGGAAAUGUGUUGUCGUGGUAAUAGCAGUAAGUGGAUGUUUAUGAUACACAUCACUUAAAUUUUCAGCUUUUUGAAUUGACUGGUUUCAAUAAAUAAAAAAAAAUCAAGUUAUGGGCAAAGACAACAUGUAUGCAACUGCAUUAUAAUUGUGGCAGUGGAAUUGACAUUGAAAAAAGGAGAGGUUUUUUAACAGCCUGAAAAUGUCUUCAGAACUAUUUCAGUGUUACCACAGCUUAGACGUGGUUAGGAACCUGCCAAUAAUGAGCUCAAUGUGGACAUCCUUACAGUAAUAAUGCUUUUGAUUUGCCAGAUGCUCAUUUAGAUCCACAGAAUUGUGUCCUCUUAUCUUUGUCACUAGCAAAGUUUUGUGCAGUGCUUUCUUUACGGCAGUUUUCCUCUGUGUUUCAUGAAGGUGCUAAAAAUAAUGGAUUUGACACAGCUGAAAGAAAAUGGUUCCACACUAUUCUUAUUCUGUUAACCAUCUAGUAUCAUCUCUUCAGGAGCCUUGUGGCCUGCUGCUUUUCUUCAUUUUCCCCACAACUCACAGAAGAGAUCUAUGUGAGGUACCUCAGGCAAUGAGGUACCUCAGGCAAAAUCUAAGGAAAGACUGGAAAUUGAGAAAUACAGAAGCAAAAAGCUGGAUUCUGACAGCUGUUUCUCUUGCUUGAUACUCACACCUGCCCCGGAGAAACCAGUGGUUCAUGGGCCCGAGCCUCUCCCCACAAGGGGAUGUAUCUUCUGUCAGAAAGCACAAAAUCAGAAAGGAAAUGCCAAGCGUAAACUCCUGGUCUCCAUUACUCCAACUCAGAGCAUUUAAUUAUCUUAAUUAAGUAAUAACAGUAGGAUGCGUUUAGAAUGAUGGUACCUUCUUGAACUUUUCUUUCCCAAUAUUUUCCUUGACAUUUUUUUUAUUUCUGGAGGGAAGAAAUCUAGAAGCUAAACUGUAUAGCUGGUUUGGAAUAUAAACAUAGACAUAAGGAAAUGACCACUGAAAGUAAUAAAAAUUAAAAGAUUUUUCUUAAGUAGACUAUUCUGUGAGCUCCUUUCUUCCUUAAUGUUUUUCGAGAGCUUUGAAAUUUUUACGCAUCAAAAUCAUGUGGUUCUGUGGGGUAGGUUUUUAGAGAACCUAUUUUUGCCACCUCAUUUUGUACCCAGAGGGGUACAAGACGGGUUUGAUUUAAAAUAAAAGGGAGAAUUAAAUGCAGUUAUAAUGUAAUUAUAAUGUCCUGGUUCUGUUGCUCAGUAGCCUGUGAGCUGCCAGAGGCCAGAAUCACGGAACUGGAGAUACAGAAGCACCAGUUCCAUGAGGGAGCCAGUCUGAGCCAGAGCCACAGGUACACAGGUACAUGCUGCCUUUGGAAAGGCCUUUGGCGCACUGGGAUGUGUUUUCCCAGCUGAAAGACCACAGAAAUGAUGUAUCCAGCACUCAUACAGAGCCAGCUGUUGUGUGGUGACGUAGCUGCAGUGUGUGGUACGGUGUGGUAGUACACUGAAUGGUCCUGAGUUCUUGGUGCCCGAUCCUGUUUCCCUUGGGACUAACAGCAAAAAGCCUACUGACAGUAUUGAUGCAGGAUAACAGAAGGGAGAAGAUAUAGGAGCUACCGAUUUAAUACAGAAGGUGCCUAUAUGAACCUCAUUUUCUUUCAUGUUUUGAUCAUUCCCAGAACAUUUGUAUCAUGAUACGUGAACAUUAUCUCAUUUUGCCAGGGAUGCCCAAUUAUGCAGUCCUUUGAACAGAGGCUUGUAACAGAGCUCAGUUCAAAAAGUGCUUGUUCCUUUAUGGAGCAGUCUUAAAUGGUGAUUAGGGUUUUCAUUUGAGAACACAGGCCUUUUCAUGCCUCUGACAGGAAAAGAAGGCUGCUCGGGAAUCCGUACAUCCUUUCCGUUUCUCUUUUGCCUUUGUGUUCAGGAACAAUUACUCUAUAUUCAGCCUAUGGAGGCACAGAUCUAAUCUGAACCACACUGCUGAAGUGUAAACCUUUCUUUCUAAAAUGUAUAAGCGCACGUAUAUAUGUAUGUGCAUUUGGAAGUCUUUGGAAGUAUAUCUUUAAAAAUCACUCCUGGUUGUAUAUUGCUUAGCUAAACUCAUUUGAUGCUCAGUUUUUGUAACCGAAGUAAGUUCUACAGUUUGUCUGAAGGACCCAACUCUUAAAGCCUGGGACACUUUCAUUUGAAACUGGAGAGUUCUCUCAAAAUAUGCUCCGAAAAGGCAGGAAUGACUGAUUCAAAAUUAUUUGUGGAUUUGAUAUGAGGUCAUUGUUAUCUUUAGUAAGAACAACCUCCCCAACCUUUUUUCUGAGCUACAGUCACAAAUGUGACUAUUGCGUUGCUCUUCCUAUGCUGGCAAUUCCCAUUUUAUCCUAAUUCUCAGUGCUUCAGGCACCCAAAUAAAACGUAAGAAACUCACGUUUCAGGACUUCCUCUGCCAGGAUUUGAACCAGGAUUUGUUCUCCCAAGAAAGCUGCAGGUAUGCAUGCCCAGGGGAUAUAAUGUCCAUGCCUGUCGGCAACGUUCAUCUUUAUUUUUAAGGAAAUACUUACAUACUUUUUGGAGUGGAGGCCCAAGUGUCAUACUUCCCAGGUAGCUGUCCUAGCCAGCAUGCUUAAGAGUCAUUUUUCUAUGUGGUUUAGAUUUAAAGUAUUACUCAAGUAUUAAAAAACAAAAAACUUAGGAGAGAGUGAAGAGCCCUCUGUUUCAGAAUACCCCACUGCCUGCUGGUUAGCACAUGCUCAUGAGAAGUGGAACUGAGAGAAGCCAGCUUGCUUCAUACCACAGCUCCAAACCAAAGACCAGCUCUGAUCUUGGGUCUCCUCUUCCCACUGGACUGUACACGCUGCAACUUCAGAUUCCCACUGAUGAAUGAGAACAUUAAAGCCUGCUCUGCUGUGCUCGCAGCAGUGACCGACAGCAUGUUCAAGGUAAAAGGGGUUGGUACUGACAGAAUAUUCACAACACUUUUUUGAAUGUAGUCCUUUGCUUCUGCUUGUAGCAUAAGGGCUCGAAGUAUCCAGAUGUUUUGCGUUGUUUUGUUCAUUUCAAAGUAUUUUAUAUACUUUGGGGUUUUCGCUUAGAUGGCAAAAUGAGCACAGGGAGUAAGUGAAGGAGGGGACUGAUGUAAUCCAAGUGCUGUUUCACUCUUUGUAUUUUUUAAGCCAAUAAUCAAUCAAAGACAUCAGUGCUCCUGUAUCCCUCGAUUCACGUGUGCAGAAUAAUCCCAGAUGCUCCAAGGCAGGACUUGCUGUUUAACCAACAAGUUUGCAGGAGGAUAUGUGCUGUGUGAAAGUUCUCAUUCCAGCAACUGUUUUUGCAGGAAACAGAACAUUUGCAAAGAACAACAAGGGCAGCACCACUGCACAGAAUAAAUUUGUCUGUUGUUGGUAUUGUGGCUAUUUAAUGACUCACUUUCUGUAGGUAGAAUUCAUUUCCAAUGUUGUUUAAAUGUAACUGUAUUUGUCUAUGAGAAACAGCUGUUCUUUCAGCCAGACUCAGUUGUGUGUGUGGCAUAAUUCCCCCGAGCCUCACUUAAAAUCCAAUGGAGAGUUUGAGGUGUGUCCUCGAAUUGCAAAGAUGUUAUGGUUUGACCCACCCCUUACAUGAGAACAGCAGAACUCCCACUGACUUCAAACCCAUCCUUGGUUAUAAUUCUCAGAUGCUGACUAGUAAGCAGCUCUGAGAAGUGGUGCAUUAGGUAUGGCUGCGCUCUGACAGGAGGAAGGAAGAGCUCCAAAGAUGUUCUGGAGUAAGAUGGCAACGUGUGUCACUCCCAUAAAUAUCAAACGAGCCAUAACUGCUGCAAAAUGACUACUUGUGAUCUUUCUGCAUUUCUAUUGUUUUUGCCACAGCGUUUGAGAAAGUCCAAGAUAAGGAUAGUUUUUUCCCUACUGGGACUCUAUUUAUAGGCUACAAGGCCAGCAGAGAAUGUGGCCAUCCAGCCUGACCUCUCGGGUGACGGAUGCUGCAGGUCUUCCCUUAGUUAAUUUGUGUUUGAACUAGGGCUCCUCUUUUAGGAACAACAAGAGAUCUUGAUUUCUAGGAAAUCCCACCACAACUCUUGGAACAUUUUUCUAGUGCCUAUUACCUGCUGUAAAAAUGUUUUCUGUAACACAAGCAGAGUUUGUUUAGCUUUAUCUUCCAGCCACUGUACCUUACAUGUAAUAAAUCUUCUACUGUGAGUGCGUUCCCAUCAUGCCGGGAGUCCUGGAAUGAAACUGACUUAAAAUAAAUCAUUUGGAGCCCUUCUA